CCUCGCCCCACGUGACCAACGUGCAUGUGGCAAAGGGCUUCUGGGAAGUGGUGCUCAUGGCAACCAUUGUAAAUAUUAACGGCUCUCCUCUUGCUAGUUGCUGCUCUCCUUCAGCGGCAAAGCAGGUGAAAUGGCCAUCAAGUCUCGCGUGGAGGACAGAUAUUUAGAGCGGUUAACGUCCGUUCAACAGACCAUCCAUCAACGAGAGAAAAAGAGUCUGCAGUUGGAAAAUAAGUUGUUUGGUCCCGCCAGACCUCAAAAACGAACGUGCUCUCAGAUAAAAGAUUCCAAACUGCACGGUUAUCUCAAGCAAAUCUGUGUCAGGGAGGCACAUGCGAAAGUGAGAAACCUUGAGCUUUUGAAGGAUGUGGAGCGCCUUCAAAUUAGCAUGCAACAAUACAAGCCUAACCUUUCCGCUUUGCAUCAACAAAAGGCUGAAUUUUCAGAUAAAAUUCACAGAUUGAUGAAACAAACAAAGACGACGGGGAACUCAAAGCUGAAAUCUGUUCAAGGCGAUUGCAAGGACGUCUCCCACUCUUGCAUCACAGAGGAUUUUACAAAUGCACCUGCAGUCAUGUCAAUUGGCCGCCAAGCCUCCAGAGGGGCCUACCGUGCAACCGGCAUCACAAGUGUACUCUCACACCGAGCAGUGGACUGUUCGCCCAAUCGAAGCAUGUGCCCCGGCAAACGACUACCAAGUGGCGCUUUGAAGGACUUUCCAGUUGUCAGAGAGGACACCGCCGCCAACCGUGCACAUUUAUCAGAUGACAUUUCAGCUCCAGACAAUUCUCCCGACGGCCGUAAUUUGGCUGACAAACACGGGAAAAGGAUGACUCAAAGUGCACCCCUGCCUUUUGCAAAUGAUGACGAACAAGAACCUGAACCCCAGGUGACCUUGAAGAGUCCCAAGAGGAAUCCGUCUGCAGGCAGCAGCAAUAACCCAACAGAGCUGCCGAAUCCCCCUGCCGAAAACGCUAACUCCACCGCGAUUGCUCCUCAGACACCCGUAAUGGAAAAUCGAGGGGGGGGUUUUAGCCAUUUGAUGCCUGAAACAUCCUCUGCAAGAAAAUCUGAAGAUAUCUCAGGGAGAUCUGAAAGUUUCAACUCCAGCUCUGAUGUGCAGUUGUCGGAGAGCAGUGUGAGUUACCUCACCAUUUCUAUGUCCCAAUCUGAGUCGGAGGAUGAUGAGCCCGAAGGUGAAGGAACUGCAAGGAAAACUGUAUCUGGUGCAAAUCGGCACAGUCCCAACUCAGCCCUCAAGGACGCACCUCACUUACUCUCACAUGAAGGACUCUUUAAACUUCUCGACUUCAUUGAGGCGCGACUCCAUGGUGAACAGACAAGAGUGUAUGGGACUUGUGCAAUUGAUGAAAAACAAUUCAUUCGAAUUAUCAGCCUUUGUGACAGUGAAGCGGACUUGAAUGACGAGGACCUUGAAGCAUGCGGUGCAGUGGUGCUUCAUGAGCUCCAGAGGUUGUCAUUGAGUACAGAGAAGGGUUGCCUGCUAUCAGAGGAGCUAGUGAGUGCACACCAGUCCAGCACUGAGCAUAUGGCAGUCAGCCUCCCUCCUGAUGCUGCUCGGCUGUGGGAUCGCUGGUUCAAGCACGCCCUUCUGCUCAAGGAGAGCCGUGUCCUCAGCACUGAGCGCUUGGUCGAGCUGUUCGUGCCAUUGCUGAUAGAGCGUCAUGCAACAUACCACCACCAGGCCAAAGUGCUACUGAAGACACAGCUUUCCCGGUCCAGUGAGGAGUGGCCCUCAGCAGAUGAGGGGAGUGACUCUACUUGUUCUUCUGGCCCUCCUUCAUUCCUGGCUCAUGAUGGAGAUGUGAAGCCUGCCAGUGGGAUCCAAAAGCAACAGAUCCAAGAACUACAAAGUGCUGAGGAGGAGAGCCACGACGAAAGCCCUGUGGAAAGUGUUCCUAUUAGAGAGACAAAAGCCUAUCAGUUACUUAAGCGAUUAGCCAUGCAAGAAGACCUGCCGAGUUCUGAAGAGGCAUUGGAAAUGGAGGGAGAGGAGGAUGAACCCUCAGUAAAAAAUGAUUGCCCUGAGAGGUCCAAUUGCUCCCCACCUCAAGGACCUUAUCCUUGGAAAGACAAGGUGAACCCCAAGAUUUAUUCUGCUCUGCAGUCAAAAGACCUCUGGGAGGAGUCAGAUGACACAAACUCCGAGAUUGAAGCAGCCUUGCGCCCCCAAACUUUCGACACAAACGACGACAACACGGAUGACUUCUAUGACUGAUGCUUGCCCUGUGAUGUGUUCUUCAAAGUUCUAUUUCAAUAAAAGGGCUUGUUCACACAGCUUGGUUAAUGUUAUUUUCCACUCGGACUACUAAUAUCGUAUUCUGCAUUGUAAAUUUGGUACAGUUGUCAUAAAAAACAUAAUAAAGUUGGCAACUCUCACGCUGCAUGUGAAGAGUUACCCAACGCUGUGCUGUUAA